GAAAGAAGCAUUUGAGAUCCAAAUGGAGUCUCAUGACGCAUAAUUCGCAUGCUUGGCCGUAUGAAGGAGGUUCGUUGGAGAGAAAUCAAACGUGCGCAUGGAUUAUUGUGAACUCCAUCGACGACGACCAGAGGGUAGCUCUGGCCGUUGUCCGUCGUGUAGUCUUCAGGAUAAUGUUUGUCGAUCCAAUACCGACUGAAUGACGAAAUCUCCGCGAAGACUUUUCCACAGAAAAUUAAAUGGCAACAUAAAGACGAGAUUACUCUUCUCUUCUCUCGACCACCAUGACAGAACCGAUUCGCGUGGGAGUUAUUGGCCUAUCGACCAAAGGAUGGGCGUCCACGAAUCUUGUACCUCCCCUUCUGGCUCCACCUCUCUCUUCGCAUUACAAGCUUCUCGCUGUAUCCACAUCGGACCCUACGUCUGCCGAAGCAAGUGCAGCGAAGUAUUCCACUGCCGAGACCGCGGUGAAGGGCUAUCAUACUCCCGAGUCCAUCGCUGCCGAUCCCAACCUCGAUCUGAUCGCCGUGUCAGUGAAGACACCCAAUCAUGUAGAGAAUGCCACAAAGGCCAUUGAGGCUGGGAAAGAUCUCUUCAUCGAGUGGCCGGCUGGGCGAGAAUUGAGGGAAACAAAGCUUCUCGCUGACCUAGCGAAGGAGAAGGGGAUCCGGACGAUCGUUGGACUUCAGGCCAGACAGAGCCCGUUGUUUCGCAAGGUGAAGAAGUUGGUCGAAGAAGGAGAAAUUGGAGAUGUUUUGUCCACGAGCGUGACAUCACGAGUAUCCGGUCCGCAUGUGCCGUGGGGACCAACAGUGUUUAAAGGAAGCGAAUAUUGUUUGAAAAAGGAGAACGGCGCGACACUUCUUGAUAUCGCUGGAGGCCAUUUCCUUGAGGCCUUCACAUAUAUUCUUGGACCGAUUGAUACUGUAUUCGCUACCGUGGUCGUCCAGCACCCCUCAUCCCAAGUGCUCAAUUUUGAUGGCACACCCACUGGUGAUGUUGUCUCCAUUGACGGUCCGUCACAGGUAGCCGUAUCUGGCACGCUAAAGAGCGGUGCUGUGAUAAGCUUGCACUGGCGUACGGGGAUGGAGAAACCUGCCAAUGAGAAAGCGGCGACUCCGCUUGUAUGGGUUAUCGACGGGACGAAAGGAAGCAUAAGGAUUGAGAGCGACAAUCCCUUCGCAGCUUUUGUAGCGGUGUACGAACCGACGCAACUUUGGGUGAAUGAUGAUGAGGUGAAAAUUGAGGAUGAUGGUAGGACGAAUGCGGGUAGGACCUGGGAGGAAUACUUGAAGGGCGAAGGCGCUGGAGAUUAUCCCGACUUGCAGCAUGCGGUUCAGAUCAAGAGCAUUGUCGACGCUAUUUGGAGGAGUGCUGAGGGAGGCGUCAUGGUUACCCUGUAAAUGCUGGAAGAACAU